UCUUCUGGUGCAGAGAGCGCCUACGCAUUUCGCUGAAUUAAUAAUCCGUAUUGUCAGUUGUUAUUCUCUAGAGUUUUGUUUAUUUUUUCGAAAUGGACAAGAUGAAAAAAUAUAAAGCCUAUCGUAACAUCGCAAUGAAUGAUAUACAUACGUUAUAUAAUUUAUCACAAAAGGCAAAAGCGGAUGAAUCGGUUUGUCUUUUAUUUAAAGUUAGAAGUGAGGAUAUCCAGAUGAAAAGGCAGAUGUCGAUAAUGAAAAUGUGAUACGUGACGCUUUCCUUUCCGAGUUUUACGCAGUUAAAGCAGUGUUGGCUGAGUUAUUCGAUGGAUUGAAUGAUACAGACAAUGUGAUGAAAACCGGACAAACUUCAGGUACUUUAGAUUUAUUGUCUUCUAAUGUUCGUCUUCCUAAGAUUGAUCUUACGAAAUUCGAUGGCCAAUUCAAGAAAUUUGCAACCUUUCAUGAUCAGUUCAAUGCGUUGAUACACAAAAAUAGUCGAUUAAGUAACAUUGAAAAGUUUACUUAUUUGAUAUCGUCUCUGGAGGGACCACCUUUAUCACUUGUCAGAUCUAUACCUCUCACUGAAUCAAAUUACACCCAAGCAUACGAAGCAAUUGUAACUCGUUAUUCGAAUAAACGAUUAAGAGCGCAAAGCCAUUGGGUUGAAAUUGAAAAUUCGGCUAGAAUAAAUGUCCAAACGCCUGGUUCUCUCCGAAAAUUGUUGGAUACCUUUACCGAAAAUUUAGCCGCCUUAAAGACGUUAGGUUUUCCUACUGAACAGUGGGAUUUUGUGAUGUUAAUGUUGCUUUUGAACCGCCUUGAUGUUGACACUGUAACUCGAUUUGAAACUGAACACGGUUCUGCCGAAGUUCCUCAAUAUACGAAAUUGGUUGAAUUUCUGAAUAGGCAGUGCACUGUCUUAGAUACAUUGGCUUCUCCGCAAGUUACUCGAACCAAAAAACCGCUUCCAGUACAAUCGCAAAUGAAAGUUCCUCGCUCUAAUGCAUUUCAUGUUAAUAAAUCGCCCGCUACUAAUUGCAUUCUUUGUAAACAGAAUCAUUCGCUAUAUACUUGUUCUGCCUUUAAAAAUAAAUCGCCUGCGGAUCGGUAUAUUUUUUGUAAAACUUCUCGCUUAUGUUUUAAUUGUUUAAGUAGCGCUCAUACUUUGAAUUCAUGUCGUUCCACUUACAGCUGUAAGAAAUGUAACUCCAAAUUUCAUCACACUUUACUCCACCAUGAUAAAGGAAAUACUUCGCAAAAUCAAGAGGCAGCAAGUUCAUUUAAUAAGCCAAACACUGAAAACGAAGGUAAUUCAAAUUUUGUUGGGUCUGGAAUCGACUCGAAACAGAGUAAUGUUUUGUUAGCGACGGCCUUAAUAGAUAUCGGUGAUAAACAUGGUGAUUUUCUUCCGUUAAGAUGUCUUCUAGACUCAGGAAGUAUGACAUCGUUCAUUACUGAAAGGGCAGUUCGCAAACUCGGUCUUAAAAAAUCUGAAUAUGUAAUGGAUAUACAAGGAGUUGAUUCUAUGAAAUCUAGGAUAAAUAAAGGAAUUGUUUCGCUGACACUUAAACCCGCAAAUAAAAAUGCUCCCAUUCUAAUCGCAGACGCGGUUAUUUUGAAACAAAUUUGUGAUAGUCUUCCUGCAUACCAUCUACCGGUGAAAAAUUGGUCACAUUUGGAUAAUAUUGAAUUCGCUGAUCCCAAAUUCAACUGCCCUGGUUCAAUCGAUAUUUUAUUGGGUGCAGACAUUUUCUCAAAAGCCCUCAUUGGUGGUUCGAUUUCGGGUUCAUCAGAUGAGCCUGUUGCUGUCAGCACUAUAUUUGGUUACGUUAUAAUGGGAAAGAUAGAUAUCAAACUACCUGCUCAACAUAAUAUGUCGCUGUUUUGCGAAUCUUCCGAUAUUUCGUUAGAUAAUAUCGUUAAAAAAUUUUGGGAAAUGGAAAAUGUUCCCACCGUAGUCAUAAGUAGUCCGGAAGAUGAGAGAUGCGAACGUCAUUUUUUGGAAAACUGUCGUCGAGACGAAAAUGGUCGCUAUAUUGUAUCUCUCCCUUUUCGAGACAAUCUGGUGAAACCUUCGUUUCCCGAAAUGCGAGAUCAUGCAGUUUCUAGAUUUUAUUCGCUAGAAAAACGUCUUCUAAAAGAUCCCAACUUGUACCUUCAGUACUCUGACGUUAUGCAGGAAUAUUUAAGUCUCGGGCACAUGGAAUUGGUUCACAAUACUGAAACUUUAACUUCAGGCGUAUAUUAUUUACCACAUCACUGUGUUAUUAAAGCGGAUAACAUUACAACAAAAUUGAGAGUUGUUUUUAACGCCUCAGCUAAAUACGCAGGAAACAAAUCGCUUAAUGAAUGUUUGAUGAUAGGAUCCAAAUUGCAGAAGGAUAUUGCACGACUUUUAAUAAAUUUUCGCCUUCGACCUUAUGUCUUAUGCGCCGACAUUAAAAUGAUGUAUCGCAUGAUAUUAGUUGAUCCAUCUCAAACUGACUAUCAGCGCAUUCUUUGGAGAUUUUCACCGCAAGAGGAACUCCAAGAUUAUCGUCUUUUGACUCUGACUUUUGGGACAAGUCCGGCACCCUUUUUGGCGAUACGAGUUUUAUUAAAGCUUGUUGAAGACGAGGGCCAACAUUUUCCGCUGGCUUCGGAAGCUAUUCGUGAAUGCUCUUAUGUCGAUGAUUUCGUGAUUAGUUGUCGAUCAUUGGCUGAAACUAUUAAGCUUAGGGAUGAAUUGAUUUCAUUGUUGAAACUUGGCGGGUUUGAAUUGCGAAAGUUUGCAAGUAAUGAAUCUGCAGUAUUGUCUGGUUUGCCCGAAUCUCAUUUAUCGCGAAGUCCAAUUUCAUUUUCUGAUAGUAGUGAGGAAUCCCCACUGAAAGUGUUAGGUUUGCGAUGGAAUUCUGAACAUGAUUAUUUUUCAUUUAAAGUCAAAUCAAUGGAAAAUACAGGUUGUAGUAAACGUAUCAUGUUGUCAGAGUUGGCUCGGGUCUAUGAUCCGUUGGGAUUCUUGUCUCCUAUAACUUUUCUUAAUAAAUACUUAAUUCAACGCUUAUGGACUUCUGGCGCUGGUUGGGAUGAAACCCCAAACGACGAGAUUGUUAGAGUGUGGAGGCAAUACCGGGACGAAUUUGUACAUUUGACAGAAUUAAGAAUACCUAGACUUGUCAUUCCAUUCAAUACUGAUGCCAUCGAUCUACAUGGUUUCUGUGACGCUAGCGAGAAGGGUUUUGCCUGUGUAGUUUAUUUUCGCACCGUACAUACUGCUGAGGAUAUUUCCACUCAUUUUUUAUGUGCCAAAUCUAAAGUGGCACCGCUCAAACGAGUAACAAUUCCUCGUUUGGAAUUAUGCGCUGCCGUUUUGCUCACAAAGUUGGUGCACUCUGUUUUAACAAACAUCGGAAGUCAGGUGAAAAUAAAUAAAAUUUGUCUAUGGUCUGAUUCACAAAUAGUUUUAUAUUGGAUAAAAGCAUCCCCUCACAGAUGGAAAACUUUCGUCGCGAACAGGGUUUCCUUCAUUCAAGAAAAAUAUCCGAUAGAUAACUGGUUUCAUGUAGAUAGUGCAAACAAUCCCGCUGACAUAGCUUCAAGAGGUUCGUUGCCUUCUAAUAUCAUUCAUAAUAAUUUGUGGUGGCAAGGUCCAUCAUUUCUUCUCAGUUCCACAUUACCCAUGAAACAUUUUUCAACAAAUGUUACUUACCCAGUGGAGGAGGAGAGAAAAUUGGUUCACUUCACAACAGUUCCAUCGCAUAACAUUUUGAGUAAUUUGCUAAAUGAAAAGUCUACAUUUAUUACAAUUCAACGCAUUUUAUCUUACAUGUUGAGAUUUAUCUAUAACUCCAAAAACCCUAAAAUGAAACGAAAUGGUGCGCUUGCGCUGCGGGAAUUGCAUGAGAGCUUGAAGGUGUUGGUGAAAUAUACACAGCAGGUGCAUUUCUCGAAUGAAUUUGAAAAUUCUGCCUUUUCGCGACCAUUCCGAAGGCUUGGUGCAUUUCGUGAUGAAGAUGGAAUCCUUCGAGUUGGAGGUCGCCUCAAUCAUUCUAACUUGUCCCCCAACUCCAAGUUUCCCAUGAUUUUGCCUCGCUCCUCACGUCUUACUCAGUUGAUUGUCGAAUAUUAUCACCAUAAAUAUUUUCACGCAGGAUUCAAAACUACCCAAUACCUAUUAUUACAAACAUUUUGGAUAUUGUCGCCUAGACGGGCUAUUAAGUCCGUCUUAUCGAAAUGUGUUCGGUGUUGGAAGAUGCAUCCAAGAACGUUCCAACCUCCAAUGGCAUCGUUACCACGACCUCGGGUGAAUCAGGUGAAACCUUUUUUGCACUCUGCGGUGGACUUUGGAGGUCCCUAUUUUGUAACUAUGAGUAGACAUCGCGGAGUUAGGACAUCAAAGGCUUAUUUGUGCGUUUUUGUAUGUAUGGCCACAAAAGCGGUUCAUUUGGAACUGGCCUCUGAUCUGUCCACCGAGACUUUUCUGUCCGCUCUUCAAAGAUUCAUGGCUCGGCGUGGUCGAAUCAUGAGUUUGCAUUGCGACAACGCCACUAACUUUGUAGGAGCUCAUCGGGAGCUCAACUUGAUGAAAGACGCUGCGCAGAAGGAAACUGUUGAAUUUCAUUUUUCACCUCCAUCGGGCCCACAUUUCAAUGGGUUAGCGGAGGCCGGUAUCAAAUCAGUGAAAAAUCAUUUGUCCAAAGUUAUUGGGGACCAAAUAUUAACAUAUGAAGAGUUUUAUACCACCUUGACCUUGAUCGAAUCAAUUUUGAAUUCACGUCCCUUAACGCCCAUUACAUCAGACAUUGAAGAUAUUAAUGCUCUCACGCCAGGGCACUUUCUCACAACAGAACCGCUAACUGCAUUGCCGGUACCAGAGUUAUCUACGGUAUCUAUAAACCGCCUCUCGAGAUGGCAAUUAAUUCAAAAAAUUCAUCAGGAUUUUUGGCGUCGAUUUCGUUUAGAAUAUUUGCAUACCCUGCAGCAAAAAGAAAAAUGGUUAGAUCCUACCUCUCCUCCUACCAUAGGUACGCUCGUCCUUAUAAGGGACGAUAACUCUCCUCCUAGUAAAUGGGCAUUGGCGCGUAUAAUUGCGAUCCAUCCUGGUAAAGAUAAGGUGGCUCGAGUUGCCACGGUGAAAACCGCCAAUGGUAUCCUGAAGCGCCCUUUAGUAAAGUUAGCCCCCCUCCCUAAUGUAUAGUUUUUUUUUUUUUUCUUCGUCUAUUUUCUCUUACUCUUAUAUGUAAGAUUGUGGAAAUAAUAAUUUCGCGAUGAGUUUUGGGUGUGUUUGCAAGAAAUCACCAGUUAUAAUUCAUUUUUGUAGUUUUAGCUCAAUUUAAUCAAAAGGGUCAUUUUGUCCCUUUUGGCCCGGGAGUAUGUUAAAGUAAUAUAGCUCAUAUUUCGACGCGCUGCAAUCAUUUUAGACAUAUGUGCGAAAUAUGUGAAGAAAAACUGACCGCAAGGAACAGUCUAAUUUUGGAUGUUAAAAGAGUGUGUGCUCGCUGAAAAAUC